CGCACCGUUGGAAUGAAAAGGUUGUAACUGUCAUUUUUGGUGAAAUUGAGGUUAUGAGCUCAUUACAUUGAUUUGACUCUCAAGAACAUAAAAAACUGACCUUCAACGCGAUCUGACGGAUAUUGGCAGAGAUAUCAAUUUGACAAAGUUCUAUCUGCAAGGCAUUCCACACAUUGUUCAUUUUGACAAGGUUCUAACUCACACAGACGCCCACUGCUACUUCCGGUUGUCUUGUCUCGUGGUGUUUGUAUUCAUUUCAAUUUGUUUAAUGGUGAAAACGUUUUAAAAUGGAUGAAAUAUCUGAUUUAGAGAGUACUUGUGAUUUAUUUAGCGAUGUAGGAGAUAGUGAUGAUUUUAUUUUUCCAACUUCAGAUGAAAGUUCUGAUGAUGACAUCUUUGAGCUACGUAAGAGAAAGAAGAGUUUCAAAUCUAAAAAGAAGAAACAGGCUUGUCUCCAAGUUGAACAAUACACAUGUAAUGCUACAACCAACUCUUCCAAAUCUGCAGCAGAAGUUGGGAGCAAUAAUAAUAAUGAAAAUCAAAAGGAAAAACAAAUUUUUGAGGAAGUGAACAACCAUGCUAAUAUUUCCAACACCCCAAAUAAAAACAGGUAAGCAUCUUCAGCAAUAUUGCUGUAUAUGUUAAUUUCCAAUAUAAUUUGGGACAAGUGUGCAUGAAAAACCAAAACCUACUUAUGAGAAGCAUAAACAUCACAACUGCAAUGGAACAUUUAUUAGGUUUCUUGCUCUCUUACUAAAUGUUUAUAUUUUCCAAACCCAUCUAUUAGAAAUAAUAAUCACUUUUCACUUUAACCUUUUUGAAUUUUCAUCCAUUUAACAGUAGGCUAAUUGAGCUGCUCAACCAGUUUAUGUUAUUGAAUUGCUGAAUCAAUCAAUCAUCUUUAGUUUUUCAAUCAUCAAAUAAUGGAAUUACAACAAGGAUU